AUGUCGUCAUCCGCCCAUUCGCGCGCCAACAGCGGCCCCUCACCCUUGCUGGACAUCCCGCUCGAACUUCGCCAUCACAUCUUCAGCCAUGUCGCUGCCGCUCGUGAUAUUAAGCCGCGCUACACGCUGCGUUACUGGUUCGAGAAGGCCGACAUCCACGAGCAGAUUGCGGAUCACCUCAAGAACGACCCGGACGCGAACGUCACGUAUGCGGCCGGCUAUAAUAGUCGGUACGACGACGACGAGGAGGAGGAGCCCGAGGUGCAGGAUGAUGCGGCUGUAGACGAUAAUGCAGAGAAUGAAGAUGACGAAGGGCAGGAUGAGGACGAGGACGAUGGCAACCAGGAGCAGAACGAAGAUGGGCAGGAUGAGGACGAGCAAGACGGACACGAUGUUGAUGCUGCGGACGAGGACGAGGACAACAUCGACAACGAAGACGAGGACAUAUCUGGCCAGCAGGAUGCGACUGCUGACGGAGCUACAGCCGCGGCUAAUAUUGCGCAAGACGGCACUACCUUCACGGAUACGAUCCUGACCACCAAUCUCAAUCAGCGCGUUACAGAGGACACCGAGACAGAGUAUAAUCCACUCGAUCAUGACGUCCAGAAUGCCAUCAAUGCCGCCAAUAUCGCCAUGGCCGAGGCAGCAGAUGCUCAGGACGGGAGCGAGAAUGCUGUAGAAGAUCCAGAGGCAGCACAGGCCGUCCACGAUGCAAAUAUGGCUGACGCGGGCGGAAACUACACCACUGUUGGGAAUGGUCUCGCUGCUGGGGCAGAUACUGCUGCUGGGGAGAACGUUGUUGCUGCGACCGCUUCCCCGGAGCCCCCUGAGCCUAAGAUUAUCGUGGUCAAGCCCAACAGCAAGUGGCGCCAUGUCUCGAAGUUCAUGCGCCUCACGCAGUGCCCGCCGCUGGCCAACCUGUUUCUUAUCUCAAAGCAGCUCAACAUCGAAGCCAAGCAGUGGUUCUACGAUGUGGCGACAUUGAAGAUCGACGCCACCGCUUCAUUCCUGCACUUUACCUUCUUUGAACUUGCUCUGAACAAGCUAGCCGAAGCGCCUUUCUCCCCCAUGGAGAACAUCAAAAACGCCGAGAUCACUUUUGUUUGGGAUACUACCUGGAUACGGUCUGAAUCUGGCGGCUUCGCUGGCGCAGUCUUUCCCGUCUUUCUGAAGGACCGCGUCGACUUCAUCCUGGAAAUUUUACUCCGAGCUCCCGAGCUCAAGAAGGUCAAGAUCCACUGGUACGACUCUGCGCAAGACGACGGAGCCAUGCAACUGCGCGCCGACACUCUUGAGCCGUUCAUCUUGAACCUCAAGGCUGCAGUGGACACUGAAGACCACUACAUUGCGCCAGAUGCGAAGCCUCGUGCGAAGAGCCGCGCUGGCAAGCAGCGUCUGGAGUUCAAGGCCAUUAUCGAUAAUGGCUGCGAGACCUUCUAG